GCCGGCCCGCUCCUUCCUCCGUGCGGCCGAGCCAUGGGCUGCGUGGUCGCCGCCUCCUCCUCGGCUCGGGUACUGCUUGGGCUCCUCAGUCUCCUCCUCUGGGGAGCUGCGAUUGCUAUGGCCCUUGGGGGUGCCUUCGUGAUCAUAACCUACAAGCACUACAAGCAUUUCUUUCAAGACGACUACCUGGCUCUUCCUGGCUGGUUGGCCAUGGCUGUGGCCUUCCUGCUGCUUCCCGCUGGCGGCCUGGGCCUCUCUACUCCCAACAGAAGCGCUCGCUGGAGGCAAGGAACCUUCAUGUAUGCCACUGUGGUUCUGAUCUGCUUGGAAGCCUCGUCGGCCAUCUUGGCCCAGACCUAUUCCCAUAAGAGAGGCUUGGAGUUAAGGGCCAUGGAUCAGCUUUUCCAUUGGUACAUCAGGAAUUCUUCUGACCCCCGCAGUAGGCCUGUGGAUGAACUCCAAGAACAGCUGGAGUGCUGUGGGCUCCACAAUUACACAGAUUGGGUCAUCGGUCUCAGCCCGAGCCAGGCUAGCCACCUCUGGCUCCCUGAAAGCUGUUGCAAGAAGAGCUCUGCCAAUUGCACAGGAGACCCGGCUCGGCCAGACCUGCUGUACCAAGAGGGCUGUCGGACCAAGCUGGAGCAGCGACUGGAAUUUACCCUCAGCUUUGUGUUCUGGUGCUGUGUGGUAGUGGGUUGCCUGCAGCUCCUUGCUGCCAUUGCCAAUGGAAUUCUCAUGAAGCAGCAGCCGCUUCCAGACUACCGUAUCCUGGAGUCGGCCAAGUUUUCCUAGCUCUCUGUCCUAGCACCUGGAGAAACGGGGAUGGACCCCCACACACACACAACAUACACACACGCACUGUUGCUAGCACGUGACUGGGGACGAGCAAUGGAAGGGACCUCUUUGGUGGGGCUUGCAUCUAAUCCAGAACCGUGGCUCUUGCGUGGUGGUGCCAGAGGAUGGGUUGUCAAUUCUGGUCCCUGCAAAGGAUGUCUGUCAACAGAACCGGCCCCCAGGCAGCAUCAAUGGGCCUUGGGCCUAGUAGGGCUAAGAAUGGGGCUGGGGUCGGAGUGAAGGGAGGGAGACUUUGACACGUGGCAGGCAGGUUGUUAAGGAAGUUUGUGCUUUCACGGAAGUAAUCUUUGGGGUGGCAGAAAAAACUCUCCCACACCCUGACUGCCGCGGAGUGCCCACAACAUGAAACUCGUGAAGUGUGUUUUUUAAAGAGGAAACUUUCCCGCCUCCUGCCCUUCCGCAGUCUCCCGAUGAGAAAUGCUUAACACGUACUCUCAUUGCACUGAAACUCAAUAAUAAUGUUUAUAUUUAGCAUGUCUAAUCCUCCUCGGUUUGAAGUAGGGUAGUGGCAGCAGCCCCAUCCGGGCUGCAUAUUAGAACACAGGCUUCCUCUGCUGGACUUGGGUCUCCCUAAAUGGCCACUGCUGCUUCUCGUGGCCUCACUCUUCCAGUUCCUACCUUCUUUUCACCUCCUGCUGGGCCAGGGUUUGGUGGUUGAGGCUGAAGGGUGACUGGAACUUCCCUUUCCAGGUCCCAGUGUCCCACACUUAGAAAUGGUUGGCCUGACAUCUGGGAGCAGACACUGCCUGGUAGAAAUAAAAGCAAAUCGUGUUUCGUU